GUGGGUCUGAGCUGCGGGCUGAGGUGGAGCUGCUGCCGCCGGUAGCGCGUUGCCUUGAGCCAGGGUUCUUUCCUCCACUGAAGUCUUGAACCCCUCAAAGUCAUCCGUGAGAGUUGGAAUCAACUUCUUAAAAAUUUCUGUUCAUAUUGAUAUUUUCAUCUCUUGUCAUGAAUCAUGAAUGUUCUUAAUGGCAUCUAGAAUGAUAACUAUGUGAAGCAACACUGUUUCUGGAUUUCAAAAGACAUCAUUUCAUCAUGGGACAGCAAAUUUCGGAUCAGACACAGUUGGUUCUUAGCAAGUUACCAGAAAAAGUAGCAAAACAUGUCAUAUUGGUUCGAGAAAGUGGCUCCUUAACUUAUGAAGAAUUUCUUGGGAGAGUAGCUGAACUUAAUGAUAUAACUGCUAAAAUGGUUUCUGGCCAGGGAAAACAUCUUGUUUUUGAGGUACUCCCUCGGUCUGAUUCCUCUGCCUUAUGGAAAAUGGUUGUACGGGUGAUUUGUACCAAGAUUAACAAAAGCACUGGCAUUGUGGAAGCAUCACGGAUCAUGAAUUUGUACCAGUUUAUUCAGCUUUAUAAAGACAUCACAAGUCAAGCAUCAGGAGUAUUGGCAAUGAGCUCCACCUCUGAAGACCCUGAUGAAAACUCAUCAUCUGUAACAUCGUGUCAGGCUAGUCUUUGGAUGGGAAGGGUGAAGCAGCUGACUGACGAGGAGGAGUGUUGUAUCUGUAUGGAUGGUCGAGCUGACCUCAUCCUGCCUUGUGCUCACAGCUUUUGUCAGAAAUGCAUUGAUAAAUGGAGUGAUCGACACAGGAAUUGCCCUAUUUGUCGCCUACAGAUGACUGGAGCAAAUGAAUCUUGGGUGGUGUCAGAUGCACCCACUGAAGAUGAUAUGGCUAACUAUAUUCUUAACAUGGCUGAUGAGGCAGGCCAGCCCCUUAUACCAUGACCUUGGGGUGAAGGUCUUCUGUUGCUAUUACAAGCUGCAAACACUUUGGUCAUGGGGGAAGAAUGCAGGGAUAUUGUGGCACAGACGCAGAGAUAUCAAUUUUCCCUACCCUCUUAUUUUCGCUGUUCUGACAGUUUGUCCCAUUUCUUUUGAUAAACUUGCUAUGUCUUCCAUUUAUAGUAAACUAAAAUUUGCUACUGUUUUAGACCAUAUUUUUCUAUUAUUUAUCUGUUCUAAUAUAUAUUAGAACUAAUUGCUCUUGAAUCCUUUGCUGAGGUAACAGCAACAUUUCCAGAGACUUCUGAAACACUAUUUUUCAGGGCAGGAGUAUUCUGGGAUCUAUUUAGUUAGGUUUAAAAUAAACUUUGAAUGUUAAAAAGUGUAGCCAUCUGAGAGAAAAUUUGAAGUGACUGAAAAUGUAGAGUAUAUCAAAGUGCAGGUUACUACUUUAGUCUUUCUGCUGGAAUCUAAGGAGUGUGUAUGCCCCCUUGUGGUUAAUUAUUGCUCCUUUAAUAAUUUUUACUUGAAACGAUCCACAAUUAUUUCAUAACUGUAGCAAUGUGUUUUGGAACUACAUGUUUUUUACUUAAAAGUCUUUUUUUUUUUUCCAUGCUGUAUAAUUUGGGUGAGGACUAUAAAGCUGGGCGUGACUUCGCCUUGUAAAUGGAUUUCUGCUGGGGAAUCUUCUUGGCUGAUCUGGAAAUGCUUUCCCAUAGUUGGAAAACUGUUCUAAAUAGCUUUUGAUAAUGCUCUUGCAUCUUGGAGUUUCAGAAGGAAAUUUUUCUUCUUCACAGAUCCUGAAUUUUGUAUUUCCAAAUUAUGGUAAAUCAUUCAAUAUUGGUUCAUGGUGCCUUUAUUUUCUUAACUUGAAGGCAUCUUUCUGAAGUCUCAAAGUCUUUAAAUUUCUUAUGUCAUUAAGUGAGAAGAACAUAGGGUACAGCCUUUUAAACGUGUACCAUGAACACCUCUGAAAAUCAGGAGAUAAUUUGGCUUUCUACUGUUUCACUGUACUUCCUUUGAAAUAGAGAGUAUAGUCAUAAUGGAAUUAUGAUUUUUAGUGACACUUCAUUUUUCAAAAAUUUUGCUUAUAAAGUAAAAUUUUUGUUUUAUGUUAAGCAUUAACAUAUUAGCAUAUAAUAAAACUAGAACCUGAUGUCUCCUUUAAAAGAUAUGUUAACAUUCCACGUAACUUUUUUGACUUAUUAUGCAUAAUUGCAAAUAUUACUAUUUUCCAAAAUACCAAAGUACACAAUUUAAGUUGCUGCUUAAUGAUGGCAGAAUUUUUGGAUGUUGGGAUUUUUUAAACUACUUUUUAAAGUUUAUUUACUUUGAGAGAGAGAGCAAGCAGGGGAGGGGCAAAGAGAGAGAGAGAGAGAGAGAGACAGACAGACAGACAGACAGAAUCCCAAACAGGCUCUGUGCUGUCAGUACAGAGCCUGACACAGGCCCAAACCCACAAACCGCGAGAUCAUAACCUGAGCCAAGAUCAAGAGUCAGACACUUAACCAUCUGAACCACCUGGGUGCCCCUGGAUGUCAGGAUUUUAAUAGGCAUGCAAAUUAAAUAAUUCAUUUCCCUCCCAAAAAUGUCUGACCAAAGAUAGCUUGAUUUUACCCCCAAAAUAUUGAUAACUAAUUGGUUGACAUUCAUGAUGGAGACAGCCCAGGACCAAAUAGCUAAACACCACUGUGGAGCACGAGGGGCUCUAUCAUAUCCACCUGGCAAUGUGCUUGAUGGUUUGUGUGACCUUGAGAAAGUCCCUGCUGCUGGUUUGUAGGUUCCUGCACUAGAAACUGAGAUGUUAUCUGUGCUUUUUACACUUUAUUUUAGCAGUAGAACGUCCCCCCCCCCCCCAGGUAAAAUCUUACUCAGAACCCCUACACAUACAUGCUAUAUACCCACACACACUACCCCUCUAUAUAAAAGUCAUAUUUUAUUAUAUAAAUUUCCUUAUAUAACUAUAUACCACAAUAAAUAUUAUAAAGUCAACCAAUAAAAACAUGUAUUAAUGCAUUGGUGGUACCAGGAUAGUCGAAUUUAUUUAGUAAUGUAGUUGUAUGAUGGGAGUUAUUUUUUAAAUGAAUUUUUUUUUAAUGUUUGUUUAUUUUUGAGGGAGAGAGAGACACAAUGCGAGCAGGGGAGGGGCAGAGAGAGAGGGAGACACAGAAUCUGAAGCAGGCACCAGGCUUUGAGCUGUCAGCACAGAACCCGACGUGGGGCUCAAACUCACAAAUCACGAGAUCAUGACCUGAGCCGAAAUCAGACACUUAACCGACUGAGCCACCCAGGGCCCCCCCCCACCGCCCCCACCAAAAAUUUUUUAAUUCAAGUCAGAUUUGUAGAACGCUGAAUCUCCUCCCCGAAGUCUUAGUAUCCCAUGGGACAGAUUUUGAAAACCUUGGGAUAGAUGAUCUCUGAGAUCUUUUCCAGCUCUAAGAUUUUAAAUUGUCCUUUUGGAUUAGACUUGCUGAGUCUAACUCAGAUUGCCUAAUUGAAGAAUGUUUCUGAAAAUGAACAAAGUUGCUUUACAUGUUUUUGGAUCUUUCCAGGUAUAGCCAAUGAUCUUAUCCCCCAGAAUCCUUCACCUUUCAAGGAAUUAUUUAACAGUAAGCUCAACGACCUGAUAUUGCCCAAACCUUUUUACUUUCCAAUAUGAGCUCCAAGACACUAACUGAUCUACUGUGAAGUAGAAAGUUCUUAGUUUUUGUUAGUCUUAUUAAAUCAAUGAGCACAGGUUUUUGCCUACUGCAUUAACUGGGUGAUAAUUCUUUAGAUGUGAAUGUUAGGUAGGUUCUACUAUUAUAACUAAUCAUAAAAGUUGUAAAUUUGUUUCAUGGAUAAAAUGUACACUUUUUGUAUUCUGUACAGCUUUGUCUUUUUUAAAUAUGAAGUACUUAAAUGCACUUACUAUGAUAGGAAAUAUAAUGUGUGCCUUCUAGGAUUUGUGAAAUGUUUUCAUGAACUCUAAGGAAUUUGUUUUAGAAGUUAAAAUGUUUUCCCUAUCCUAACUCAGUAACAAAGAGUUUACUCAUAUUGUGAUGCUGUAGAACUUUAGUUUGAGAAAAUGUAUUUGACUACGUACUGAAUUUAGAAGUUGAGAAUAAUAGUAUCUGCUUUAUUCUUAGGACAAACUGAUAUAUUGUGCAAUAAAUAAUCUUUAGCAAGUAAAUUUUAGCUAACUGAAGAGACUCUUUUCUUACGUAGUUUCACAUUCUUCUAUACUAAAUGUUUAUAUUCCUUAGAGGACUAUUUUGUAUUGUGCUCUGGGGAGUUGUGAUGUUUGCGUCCUAUGUUUUAAAAUUCAUUUCAAAUUGAACUCAGCUUCCUUAUACCUAAUCUAUAUCUGGGUAAUAAGGCUGCUUGAAAUUAUCUUUUGUUUCUGUGAUUAACAGUGGAAAGUUGGAUUCAUUAAAAGGCAGUCCAAAGAAUUUGUAUUUUUAACUGUUUUUUUUUUCUUUCUUAAGUCAAGCUUACUUUGUCUAUCGAGGAAUAAGAAAACUGCUUGGAGAUUAGGGAAGUCAGCUGAUCACUCCCAUUUAUGAUGGGCAGCACAAUGACAAUAUAAUAUACAUAGCUGACAACAGA